GUCGGCAACCUCGCGUUCAGCUCCGACAAGGCGAUGAUCGAGGACAAGUUCGGCGUCUUCGGAAAGGUGACGGACGUCUUCCUGCCGAUGGACGCGAACCACAAGCCCCGGGGCUUCGCCUUCGUGACCUUCUCCGAGGCGCGCGAGGCCGAGGACUGCGCCGAGAACCUCAACGACAAGGAGUUCGACGGCCGCGUCGUCCGCGUGAACAUCGCGCGGCCGCGGCCCGCGCGCGACGCGCGGCCGCGCGGCCCGCCGCGGCGCCGCGACGACUACGACGGCCCGCGGGGCGGCGGCCCGCGGGGCGGCGGCUACGGCUACCGG